GACACUGCACGUCGUUCGGCGCCGCAACGGGACCAUGAAGGUGGUGCAGCUGGUGGCGGUGUUGCUGGCGGUGGUGGCUGGCGGGCGCGCGGGCCUGCUGCGCGUGCCGCGCGUCUACAACGCGCUCAUCUCGACCAACCAGCGGCUGGCGCCGAGCCGCGCCGACACCGUCUCGCUGCCCGUGGUGGGGCCGGUGGCGCUGCUGCCCGCCGCCGCCAUCGUCGCCGAGGAGGCGGCGCCGCCCCCGGCCGCCAAGAACGCCUCGGAGGCGGAGGCGGCGGCCAACCACACGGCGGCCGCGCUCGUGGCGCCGCUCGCCGUCUACAGCCCGUACUACUACUCGGCGUACUCGUACCAGUACAACCCGUACCUGGUGCCGCCGCUGCUGCACUACGGCUACAACUACCUGCCGCUGCCGCUGACGGUGCCCGUCCCGCUCGCCGUCGCCCACCCCGCGCCGGGGGCGGCGGACAAGCCCGACCAGAAGAGCGGCGGCGACGCCAAGGCCGACGCCGACAAGGAGUCCGUCACCGUGGAGGCCAACUGAGGCCGCCGGGCCCCGCCACCCCCGAACCACCGCUCCAGGCUUUCCGACUUGACCUCCCACAAACUUACCGUCCACCGUCGACCGUAGGAAAAGCGCGUCGGUACCCGGAACCACCAGCAGCCACACCGUUUUGGAGUGUCAUCACCUGUCAGGAGAACACUUUGCGAUUAGCUACCGUAUGGUCAGGAAGGCGUCCAUUUCAACGUGUCACCCCUCACCCCCAUACGUGUUAAUUGGAAGAAAAUUGGAAGAUCUCUGUGAAUAUGCAGGUCCCACACUCAUUGUAGGUGCAAUAUUUACCCAACGGGACACACAGUGGACCAACAACCUCUGCAGUCGUUCAGUCUCUGUACCGCAAAAAACUUCCAUUAGUGGGCCACACACUCGAUUAUAUUUUAUCUGAGACACCCAGUAUUUUAAAAUUGCCUGGAAAUCUGCCUGCUGAAGCUGCCUUCCUACCGAUCGAAGUUCCAGUCGACCAAAACAUUUGAGAUACUUACUUUUUGUGUGAAGCAAAAUGCAGUCUGUAAUUUCCGCCGGAGUGCCUACUGAACAUCAGCCUUUCUGCCACUCAAAACUUCCGGCGCAGGGCCAAAUAUGUUAAUACUAUCCAAUCUUAUGGGAGACUGUCAGUAAUCUGCAAUUACCGUUAGAAAGGCUCUCUGAAGUUCAGAUUUCGUGCCAUGCGAUAGCUCCGCAAGUGGGCUAAAAACGUUGAGGUAAUUACUUCUUAUGUCAGACACUCUACUCUGUAGUUAGAACGGAAAAUUCUUGCUCAAGGUCUGCAUUUCUGCCAUCCAAAAAUUCCGUCAGUGGACCAAAAAUGUAUACAUCUUGCGUGAAAUACUCCGGAGAAGCGUUGCUGUCCUGUUCAAGGAGGCGUACCAAAGUCUGCAGCCAAUUAUGCCACGACGUCUCCGCUCCCAGACACCAUCAAAAUGAAAACUGAUGCACAACGAUUUACAAAUACUUAUAGCGAUCAGCAAAAUCUCUCCAAGUUGAAGAACAUCGUAUUAACGACACGUGUAAUUACUUUUGCAGGAUAAAAGAAAACAUCAGUUCAAAAAGGCAGUGUUUAAUAUUGUAUCUGUAGACUGAUGAAAUUCACCAUGUGACGUGCCUUUACCACAGGAAAAUUAUUCAGUGCCAAGUUAAAGACACUAAAGCUGGACUGUAUCUGCUAAAAGUGAAAUCGAGUCUUCACAGGGAAAGUAAUUACAUCUCAACUGUUUCUGUCCAGAGCAUCCAAACGUUUCUCCUGUAUGGGGUGAAUGAAAUUAAAAAAAAGCAUCAAUUUUUUAAAAAUCUGCAUGAUUGUAACUAUUAAUUCCGCCUUCAGUGAUAAAUAAAUUUGACUGUAAAUACACUGGAA